GGCUCAACAAGCUUAGUUUGAAGAGUACCUUGACACACCCUUUCCGAAACGCAACCCCAUUAAGGCGGAAACCUUUGCGGGGGCUUAGAAGUGCUGCCGAUCGCAUUCACUCUCUCCCCCUUACCUUUUUUUUCCCUUUUAGUUGCUGCAAGACUCAAUGAACGGCACAACAGAGGCGCAGUUUGACGCCGCGUGGGGUGAGGUGGAGCGGCAGCAAAAGGCGCAGAUAUCACAGAAAGCGCAGCUGUUGGAGCAAGACGUCGACAAGGAGCUCGCCCUCCUCCUUUCCGGGGUGCGGGAGUCGCUCACGGAGGAUCAGCGCGACAUCCAGGGGGAGUUCGACAAGCUCAUUCGCAUGGUCGAGCAGUUCCGCGAAGGCGUCGACUUGUGGCAGCUCAAGGCAAAGAGCUCCAUUAAGAUGAUCGAGGAGAAGCAGCGCAGCUUUGCGAUCCUGGUUGAAGAGACGUCCAUACGCGCUGCGGCGCUGCGGCGAGACGCGAUCGAUCGUCUCCAAAGACGCGCCGCGGAGACGGAGCAGAAGUGCCAUCUAAUCUUGUCCUCGGCUAGCCUGGGUAGCGCGUAA